ACAGAGUUGCCAGUCCCAAUUGUGGUCACUAAGCGAGGAUACCUGUUUGUUCAUCACCUCCCUGCAGCCUUAUUCUUCCUGCAAUUGAAGGGGAUGAGACCAAUGUAGAGCAGGGAGCCUCUUCUGCUACGGGGCCACUCUUUGAAUCGCCCUCCUAUUAGAGAGAGCUGUAGUGGUGAAGGUGCUGGACUAGGAGUGGGGACACCCAGGUUCCAGUCCCUCUGCAAGCAUGGAAGGUCCCUGGGUGUCAGCCCGCUUGGUAGACCGGAACAAUCUCAGCAGGUGGCAGCAGUCAGGUGCCCUUGUUGGGCUGGGAAGCUAAGCAGGGAUAAGCCUGGAGAGUCCAUGGAUGGGAGACUACUUGGGAAGAAAAGGGCUGAAAGCUAGACUGUGCAAGGGGGUGAACAAACGCCCUGAGGAAGGAAAUGACAAAUAGUUUCUCUGUUGCUGUCAAGAAACCUGUAGCGACGUAUCCAUGAAAUCACCAGGCAUUGAGUGUCACUCCAGAGAGACUUGAGCUGACUUCUAGUGCAAUAUAAUUGAUGUCCUUCCAACUUCCUUGUUCUUCUAGGAGGCCCCAACCAUCAGCAGUACUUCCUGGGAGAAGCAGCGGACCUGCCCCAGGGAACAUACAGCAGUGGGAGGAAGAAGAUGAGUUUCGAUUCCCCGCCAAGGAGCCAGAAAGUUCCGCUGAAGGAAAAAGCGCACAAAUGCCAAUACUGUGGGAAGCUCUCCGACUGCCGCGCCCACCUGAUUAUCCACGAGCGAACUCACAAGGGGAGAAACCCCAGAAGUGCUCAGCUUGUGGAAAAAGCUUCACCCGGAAGGAAUCUCUGAUUAUCCACGAGAGGUUCCACACGGGGGAGAAGCCGUACAAAUGCUCGGUGUCCAGAAAAACUUUCAGUGAAAAGAUCAGGCCGCUCAUCCAUGAGAGAACUCACACCGGGAAGAAGCUGUACAAAUGCUCGGAGUGCGGGAAGAGCUUUGGGACAUGCUGCAACCUCCUGAGACACCGCAGGGUCCACACGGGCGAGAACAUACCAAAUACUCCUCCUUGGGGGGAGAUGGGCGGUAGUACAAAUUUGAGACAUAAAUAAACAACAACCACGUGAGGUGGGUUGGGCUGAGAGAGAGGGACUGGCCCAAGGUCACUGAGCCGGCUUCCAUGCCUUAGGUGGGACUAGAACUCUGAGUCUCCUGGUUUCUAGCCCGUUGCCUUAACCACUAGACCAAACUGGCUCUAUGUUCCUCUGCAUGCUGGACUUUGCCUUCAUAGCAGCUGAUGGUCCUCUUUCGCAGACUGACUGAACUCCCUUUUCAAACCACAACAUUGUAACAUGUCAAAUCCUGCAAAUCUAGGGCUAGCAGAUCAGAACAUAGAAAUUCAGAGGACCACUAGACAGUCGCGAAGAUAUUUUCUAGUGGUUCUCCAGAUUUUUGUAGCUCUAAGUGACCUGAUUGGAGUGCAA